CAGACAUACUGUAGGACUACGUGUAGCCAGCCGCAUUACACAAAAGUAAUGCGAAUAUUGUAGCCUAUGCCUCAUGACAAAGUUACUGUGCGUGAUUUAGAAGUAUAAACUAGCUCACUUCCUUCUGGUAAUUUGCAGAGGUGGCGGAAGUGCGUCAGUUAUCUCGGCUCUCUGAGGCUUUUACUGCACACUAAUUUCAGAUGUAGGGAAAAGAGGGGAGAGGAGAUUUUAAUCACUCUGCCGCUUUAAGGACACUUAUCAAAGCUUUGCAUUAUGUGAAAACGAAAAAUACGACGAGACACGAGUAACUGAGCAACCAAGGACGGAAUUCAAGAGUGGAUUUAUAACUUACGCGGGCCUGGAAUAGCCGAUGCCUUUGGCUUAUGGGGUUUGAUCAUAUGCAGUGGAUGGUCGUAUGCUGAAGUAGCUAAACGGAGGAUCAUUUUGAAAAUAUUGCGCAUAAGUAGCGAAAGACUUGGAAAUCCCUGCCCUCGUAGCUUUUAUCGCGCAAAGGUUUACCCUACGGCGGAACUUGUCAGAGGAAUAUGGUUAACCGUUGAAACUCGCCAAUGCAGAGAGGAUUAUCCACUUAUGUAUUAUCUCAUACAUAAUUGUUAAGCACCUAAUACGCAUUUUGACGGAUGUUAUCUAUAGUCCUUUUUUGACAGCGGAUCAUGGAUUGGGUAGUGGAAAACAACGGGCAGCGACAUUAUUUCUCUGCGCUGUCUGUGGUAUGCAGCUAUUAACAUUGUGUUUUUCCAAUGCAACAAAGUUGCAAAGCAAGUGGAAUGCAUACAUUUGAAGUAUUUCGCCGUUUUACACCUGCUUAUGUAAAGAACGCGUCGACCUUAUAGUAUCGGAUCGCUUCAAAUACGUGAGGAUUUGCGUUCCUUCUUCCUCGCCUGCAUGGAAUAUUUUAACAUUUGUUUAUUGUAUUCGGGAGAAAUAUUCAAGGUCAUUCCGUGAAUCUUAUUAUAUAUAUGUAUUAUUUAUACAUGCGUAUCUCCUCGUGAUAGCACAAUAGUAUCUUAUUUCGCACAGGGAAUCRGCUUUACGUUAGGCGCUCUAGAGUGAUUUUGUCAUUGCAACAUUUUUAAAAUGGAUGGAAAAUUGAAGCAGAGCCGGAGAUCCCGUUCCAAACGUGAGAGGGUACGGAGACGGGAGGCAGUGGGCAGGGAUGCCCGCAGUCCAAACCCUUCAUCUUGUUCAGAUAGGGAGCAAAGUCCUGGGAGGGAUCUCGCCUCCCAGAAUGGUAAAAAGGUUCCACACUCGACACCUUCUUCCAGAGCCUCACGUCCCCCUCGUCGAAAGAGACGAGAGUCCAGUUCUCAAGAAGAGGAUAUCAUUGAUGGAUUUGCCAUUGCCAGUUUCGUCAGCCUGGACUGUCUGGAGAAGAAGACUGGGGCCCUGAAGUCUCAGGUGGAUAAGAAGAAGGAGAAGGAGAGGUGGAGAGAGGAGAAGAAGAAGGAGAAGGAGAGGUGGAGAGAGGAGAAACAGCAGCAGGAGACGGUGGUGAAGAGACAGAAGGAGGAGAAUGAGGAGGAGGAGAAUGUCAUGCCCCUGUCCCUAGACCCCCUGGAGAACGGCUUCAUCAACCACGCCCAGAGAGAGCAGGAGAGGAUGAACGACAGGCUGCUGAAGAAAACCUACUCCAAGAAGAACAAACAGACCAAGGCCCUGCAGGUGCGCCCGGUGAGGCUGGAUGAGGAUGAGGCCAUGCAGGAGAUCAACAGACCCAACAGGAGCACAUCUAAAGGGCACCUCAGUGAGAGCUCCACUCACUCGCUGUCAGGCCGGGGCUACUCGUUCACUUCUUUAAAAAGAGGCGAGCCCUCGUUUGGGAGACAUGAGUGUGACAGCGAGAGUGACGUUGAUGACAAGGUAUCUGAAGUAGGAUCCGAGAAACUCUUCUCCCCCACUACACCCGAAGGUGUGACGACGAAUGAGAAUCCAGAGUCCAAGGCUGUCAGCUCGGCCAAAGUAUCAGGGCUCCAGCGUAGCCAGGAGCAGAGUAACGAGGUGUCCUUCACCCCGCGUGUGUCCAGCCCCACCCCGGCCUCCCCGCCUACGGGCUCCCCUGCCCCCUCUGCCACCGCGGCAGCCCCCCCUCAGCCYCUCCCAAGGGUGCGGCUCUCCUCCCCGCCCCCCCUCCUCAUCAAGAGAGAGUCAGACCGGGCGCUGCCCAUCCCCACCCCUCCCCUGCUUAGGGCCCGGCCCAACUCUCUCCAGGAGCACCGGGUCCCUGUCUCGCUCCCUCUCCCCCAGCACCAACACCACACCAGGCCUCUCAUCAGCCACCAACAUCACCAGCAUCACCCACUGCAGUACAACAGCCUGCACGACAUCAGCUAUGCCUAG